CAUUUCCUGGACUAUGAAUGAUGGAAGAGGGAUGUUUAUUUUAACUGGCUGCUGUUGCAGAAGUUAAUGGAGACGGAAUUGAUUUAUUGAUUAACUCAGGCAGAUUCUGACGGUAGUCAAGUGGAUGGCCCAAAGUCAGACCAGAUGGAAGAAGGAAUUUCCAACCAAGAUGAAGAACACGGGCUAGAGCAGAGUACAAGGCCUUUUCCAGGACACAGAUUGCACACUGAGGAGGAAGUUACGACAGCUGAAAGGGAUGAAUGUACUGAAGGCCAGAUACAGAGUCUCCAUGUCAAUGGAGACAUUUGUAAGACUUUCACAGCAGAGUUGGAUAAUUUGACAAAGAAUGAAGAUGUAGACUUUAGCAUAAUUGACAGUGAUUCUUCCCCCAAGGCCCAAACACUCUUUGCACACCCUUUCUCAAAUGUGGCAAAACACAUCAUUAAUUCUUUGAAUGAGUCUUCUCUGCCAUUGAAGAAAUUUGACCUAGGUGAGAGUUUGGAUUUGGUAACCAAUAAGACAGAGUACUUUUGUAAUUCAACACAUCCGUUGAACAACACUAUCAAACUCAACAAUGACUUAAGCACUUUGGUGUCUGUUGUUUCCUAUGCACAGUCAGAGAGUGGCAGGAGUCUUUCUGUGGAGAAGGAGUCAACGAGUUGUAACUGUGAAGGCCUUGAUUGUCCUGACUAUCAGAAUGUGGUUGAUGAAAGUGCAAAGACAAUGUGUGAGGAAGGAAGGACCGCCUCUCCCUUUCUCAGAAAGGACACUUGUGUUGAAAAUGGUGCUUUACAUAAAUCUUCAACACUGUACGAAUAUUCUCCCAGUAUCCUGUCAAUGGUUAAGAAAAAGAACAUAAGCAUACAGCAGGCAAUAGCAAUUGAGGCCCUUACUCAAUUAUCAGUCACCCCACCACAAAUUUUAGCGGAGGUAUCAAAACCAACAAUUGAAAUUAGGGAGCGGUUUGUUUCUUCCAGUCCAUCUGUUUGUGAACAGAAAUGUUUCUCCUCCUCACUGGGACAAUCGUUACCAAUGGAGGCAAAUGAACCUCACCAGCAACAACAGCUACAACAACAAAAUGAGCAACAGCAGAAGUCCAAUGGCACACUCCCUCCAGAGAGCAGACUGACCUACCAGCUUUCACCUCUAUGCCAACCUAACAGUAUAGACAACCCUGUGGAAAGUGAACAUGAACCACGAGAAACUCAUCCAUCCAAACCAAACAUCAGCCCUUUAGAAAUACUUUUGGAAGCUAUUUCAUAUCCAGGAAUAUCCGUCAAUCAUACAGAAAUGGUAAAUUCUGCUCAUUUAGAAGAAAAAAAGGUUAACGGAAACUGCCAGUUCUUCCCAAAUCUCUCUUCAGAUCUACCAAACAACAUAAAUUAUUCAACCUUGACGACCCAAUCAUUAGAAUUCAGCGAUAGGGAAAACUGUGAUGUAGAGAAUGGAAAGGUGUCGAAAUGCCUAAUUACUGGGGUUCGAAAUAAAGCUGAAGAAGAAGCAGCAGCUCAGCUUACACAACUGGCUGCCAUCAUAGAGUCACAACAGUAUUGCCAAAAUUGGUUAAAGCACAAAGAAUGUAAGGAUGUGUUACAUGAUGAUGUGCACCAGAAAGGUUGGCCAAAACAAAAAAAGAUGUUCCUUCAACAUCAACAGCGUGUACCAGUUCUACCCAAGCAACUGACCCUCGCAUUGCAACGCAAGAAUAAGGCACCUUCGCACAAGCACAACCAGACGCCACAAGCUACAUCCAGAAUGCAACCGUAUAAACAGCGGCAACAGAAGCAACCGAAACAAGGACAUCAGCUCACACAGCAACCAAACCAGGCCACCUCAUUCAGACAGCAAGAGCAGCAGUGUCUGGGUCACUUGCAUCAGCAAAAUCAGAAUUUAGAAAAAUUCCGAAAGUAUAGUGAUGUUCAAUGUCAACAGCAGAUUCAGGAUGCGAACCUUAAUCAAGAAAUACAUCAACAAAUUCAGCCAGAGUCAUCAGAAAUGCAAUCUUAUAGCAACCCUCCACAAAUGUCUCAGGAAAAAGGUGAAGUCAUGCAGUCUGUCUCCCAGGAGAAGCAAUGUUUCCCAACAGAUAGCCUUCCUUCUAAUUCUUUCAGAACACAUUCUCCACACUCACCCUCCAUGUCCUCCUCACAGUGUACAGCAAAGGAAACCGAUACCCCAAAAUGGACAUGUGCUGAAACAGUGCUUCCAUGUUCAUGCCCAAAUGAAGUAAAUUCCUAUAAUCAGUCAAUUUUAACAAAAGUUAAAUCAUUAAAACAGUCAAAAAGUAACUCUGAUAAUAUCUCAGAGCUACAAGCUCAAUAUAACUGUAUUUCUCAGGUACGACCAAGUGGUGAGACAACACAUAGAGAAGACGUGUUAGAGAAUCCUAAUAAGCAGGAUGCAGAGAAGGGACAAGUAGACCUGGAAGGUGAUUUACCACUUAAUAGACCAAGUACCCAACAAGGCCAAAGUAAUCUGAGGGCUACGGACCAACAAAGUGCAUCCGUCUCCAUAGAGGCACAAAUAGCUCCAACUAUUCACCAAUCAUCCAGUUCUUCAGAAGGGCUUUCAGUGUUUACGUCAAAGUCUCCCCGAUGUAUCAAAGUAGAAACAUCUGGUUGCGUUACAGUUUUAUCCACAUCUAAUCUAAAUACAGAAGACAAUCAAAGCGGAUCAUUUGGUCAGACAACCCCCACCAAAAGCAAUGCUCCUUCCCAGGCGACCACACUGAACAGCUUCCUUGAAUCUCCUAUGAAGUUUCUGGACACACCCACAAAAAAAUUACUAGAUACCCCUUCAAAGAAAGGUCAAUCUGAGUUUCCAAUGUGUGACUGUGUUGAACAAAUCAUAGAGAAAGACGAAGGUCCAUAUUACACCCACCUUGGCGCAGGACCCAAUGUUGCAGCAGUACGGGAGAUGAUUGAAGACAGGUAUGGAGAGAAAGGGAAAGCAAUAAGGAUAGAAGUCGUUAUAUAUACGGGAAAAGAAGGGAAAAGUUCUCAGGGCUGUCCCAUUGCAAAAUGGGUGAUAAGGAGAAGUAACGAAGAAGAGAAGUUGCUGUGUUUAGUGAGGCAGCGUGCCGGACACCGCUGCCAAACGGCUGUCAUUGUCAUCCUGAUCCUGGCGUGGGAAGGAAUCCCUCGGACGCUGGCGGAUAAACUGUAUCAGGAACUCACGCAGACACUGCGAAAAUAUGGAUCUCCCACCAACAGGCGCUGUGCACUAAAUGAAGAUCGUACUUGUGCGUGUCAAGGACUGGAUCCUGAGAGGUCUGGAGCCUCUUUCUCCUUCGGCUGUUCCUGGAGUAUGUAUUACAAUGGAUGCAAGUUUGCUCGAAGCAAGUACCCUCGAAAGUUCAAACUACUCACUGAUGAUAUAAAAGAGGAGGAGAUGCUUGAAAGCUACCUUCAGGAAUUGGCUUCUGAUGUGGCCCCAGUUUACCAGAAACUCGCACCAGAGGCAUACGGAAAUCAGAUUAUGAAUGAAAAUAUUGCAUCAAACUGCCGGCUUGGGUUGAAGUCCGGGCGGCCUUUCUCGGGUGUGACUGCCUGCAUCGACUUCUGUGCACACUCUCACAAGGACCAGCACAACAUGCGGAAUGGAAGCACUGUAGUCUGUACUUUAACAAAAGAAGACAAUCGCACAGUUAACUCAAUCCCGGAGGAUGAGCAGCUGCAUGUCCUCCCACUGUACAAAAUCUCACACGCUGAUGAGUACGGCAAUGAAGACAUCCAAGAGGAGAAGAUGAAGAAUGGUGCGAUUCAGGUGCUCUCCUCAUUCCCCAGGGAAGUCCGUAUACUGGCUGAGCCUGUCAAGUCCGCACGGAAAAAGAAACUCGAAGCAAAGAGGGCCGCACUUGAUAAACAGGAGAAGAAACACUCGACAUCUGGGAAAUUAAAGGAGGGAGCUGCUGACAAACACUGCAGUGCCAUUCACCAGUGUUCAGCAGGGUGCAAAAUGGAAACAGCUUCCAGUUCAAUGAAAACUCGGCCUCAGGAUCACUAUAACUCUUUCAAAUAUACUGGACACACGGGUGUUGGAAAUUAUUCCCCAUUGGGAGGAUUCACCUCUCCUGCACCUUAUAAUUUGGGUGGUGUUUACCCAUACUCUACUUUGAUUCCCCGUCCCAACUUGCCAACACUCCCUAGUUUCCAACAUAGCUUCUCAGUUCCCUACGGGUAUCUUGGUUAUCCUGGUAACCAGCACUUUUUGUCACCUUUUACAAAAUAUAACAACGUUGAAAUGAUGAUCAAUGGCUUUUCGGGAAGUGCUUUGGAUGACAAAAAAGCAGACAUCCCCCAGUUGCUUCCCAAUAUGAAUUUCUCUGUGCAACAAGGCAGAACAGACUCCCUGGACCAAAUUUAUAAGAAUGCAACACAAUUCACCCAACAGCGCAAGCCUCAAGCAAUAAAAGAGCAAACGAGUCACUCGCAGCUCCCAGGCUCAUGUGACAACAUGUCGUUGUCUCUGGAAACAAAAACAACUGAUACAAGCAAGCCGAAUGGCUUGGUAAAACUACAAUUAGGGGGUAACUUUCGUGAAUUUCAACAGUCAUUCACUCAAGAUGAAAGCCUGAUCCCUCCCAAAGCAGAGAACAAUGAGGAACCAACUCCAAUGGGUACCAGUGAGAAGCCCGUACAGGAGGUGUGGUCCGACAGCGAGCACAAUUUCCUGGAUGAGGACAUUGGGGGUGUUGCUGUCGCGCCAUCUCAUGGUUCUGUUCUGAUUGAGUGUGCUCGUCAUGAGCUACACGCCACCACCCCAGUCAAGAAACCCAACCGGCAUCACCCCACACGCAUUUCCCUGGUCUUCUACCAGCACAAGAACCUGCAUGAACCAAAACAUGGACUGGCCCUGUGGGAGGCAAAGUUGACAAAGAUGGCCGAGCGGGCGAAGGAGAAGGAAAAGGAAGAAGUAAACCACGAACACAAUCUCACCAAGCCCAACAAGAAGUUUAAGCGGGCGGUGCCACAACCCCCAGAGUUAUUACAGGAGGACAACGAGCUUGUACGUGUCCCCACACGCAAAGCGUUAAGCACCCCACGGGACUCCGUUAUCACUGUAUCUUCCUAUGCCCUCACCCAAGUUACAGGGCCUUACAGUCGGUGGAUAUAAGAGUAAUAGAAUCUAUCACUGCCUUACCUCAUUGCAGUAAUUGCUGUUUGCUAGGGAUGGUGCUGUUCUAACAUAAACGUGCCCUGGUCAUUCAUCUCAAGUGAUUCAAGGUGAGGAAAGUUAUCAGUGCAAAACUUAUCAAAGCUGUGACAAAGUUACUGUUCAGAUCGAACCAGGUUAUCAUCAGUUGUUAACAUCAGCGAUUGAACAGAUGAUGACAAACAGUGUUUUAGGGUUUAGCUAUAAGUCAAA